AUGACAGAGAAGAGGGGAUUUCCUGUGGGAAAAUCAGGCAAUCCCAUUGCAGACAUCAACAAGAGCUUUCAUUUUCUCCAGAAAAAGCCCCCUAGCAGGCUCUGGAGCAGCGAGAUGGUGGCAUGGCUGGUGCUGGCUCUGCUCCUGCACAAAGCCCCACCGGCCACAGCCCGUGCCACUGUGAAGGUGACAGGAGUGGUGGGGAGAGCCGUGACUCUGGGAGCCAACGUCCCCCCAGGGUUCCAAGUCAGGGAUGCCAUCUGGAGGUACCUGGCGCCAGCAGAAGAGCUAGUGGCCACCUACUUCAGGGGCUCAGCGGAGACCCUGUACCAAUCCCGUUUCUAUGGGCGGAGCCGGCUCCAUGGUAACCUCACACUGGAGAUCAGUCCGGUGGAACUGGGAGAUAGCGGCACCUUCUCAGCCCUGCUGGUGAACACACGAGGACAGACGGAGACGCGCGUGCUGCACCUGGCAGUCUAUGAAGUGGUUUCCCGGCUGACACUGCAGGUGUUCACAUCGGAGAGCAGCCGCAGUGGCUCUGCGAGGGUCUGUGAGGUGUUCCUGACCUGUGUGGCGGCUGGUGGCACCAACAUAACCUACAGCUGGGGCAGGACGGAUGGCGAGGUGCUGAGGAUGGACAAGCACUCUCUCUUUGAGGCUGGCCUGGUCCUAUGGGCUAAGCUGGACCCCUCGGAUAGGCAGGUGUCCUACACCUGUACUGCAGCCAACGCUGUCAGUCGGGAAUCAGCUACCAUUGCACCCUGGGAACACUGCCAGAGGGAAGCAGGUUCGGAAGAUGCCGUGUACGACUAUAGGAACAUCCUGCUCAUUGCUCUGCCCCUCUCUGUCCUGGUUCUGGCAGGGGCUGUCUUCGGGCUCCUUCUCUCUUGGAAGCGCUCAGGGAAGCAAAGAACAAAACCACUGUUCGACGCCUCAGAGUCUGACGCGGCCUCUGUCUAG